ACUUCAGGAUUGAGUUCAUUCAAGCUAUGCCAGGAAGCGCUAUGAUUUAUUUCACGAAUGCGACGAUCCCCCUUAACGCCAGCAAUAUAGUACUUUCCAAUCCUCAGUUUACCAUCAUAGACUCUCAGGAAAAUAACCUAAAUACAGUAGUUCUCAAUAGAAUAACGUGUUUUAUUGUUUUUGAAACCAGAGAGUACACAAUAAGCCUAGGUAGACAAGUUGUUUUUAUGCUGAAAACUCAAAUUCAGCAAUGUACAAUCGUUGGUCUGGCCUCAACUACUUUACGAUUCCAUAACAGGCAAAUCAGAUGA